CCGAAGGUUAACGAAGAAACUAGAAAGGGUUUUAAUGGCGAGCUUCGAUGUGAAGACGAUAGUCAAGGACAAGAGAUUCUGGGCAGCUUCCUUCCUCAUCGCCUGGGCUGCUGGUCUCCAGGGGCACAUAAUGUGGCUGCAGAGGCAAGAUUCAUUUAAGCAAAAAUUCGGAACGAUCGAUGAAGAAAACCAGAAAUGAUUCAGCCAUUUAGUUGUUUUUUUUGUUAUUGCGAGGAUGAUUUGAGGUUUUUUUUUUUUUAAUAUUUCAUCAAAUGUCAUCUUAUGAAGAAUGUCGAUGAAGAAUUACUGGCAAUUAGUUUGUGCUUUGGGCAAGACUCCAAAUCGAAUGUUGUCUCUAUGUAAUUUUAAGACCAAGUUUCAAGAACUCGCUUGUUU